AUGGGUCAAGUGGUACCUCAUAUUUAUAAUUCAACACAAGAGACAGUUAAAAUUUGUUUGAUGGAUACGGAGAACAAACCAACUGAUGCGAUAAUAUUGGCUGGUGAAAUAUGGAGUAGAGAGACUAAAUAUGGUUGUAAUACAAUCAUUAUAAUACCGUUAAAUUCUAAUCAAAAUACAUUCUCAUACACUCUUCAUUAUAAUAUGGGUUUAAUCAUCAAAAGAAAAUUAGGAAAAUUAGUAUUAAUCGAAUCUAAACAGUCUCGUCAAUUGGAAAGGGAUGUUACACUUAAGGGCCAUGAUUGUGGUAAACCACAACCAAGUCCCCCAUUUUACUAUCAAAGUAACGAAUGUUGUAAAACAGGGUGCAUAGUCUUCAAUGAAUCAGAUGAGCCAAUCAGAAUUUGUGUUACUGAUUUUAAUGGUCGCAAUACUCAUGUGAUUUUAGAUCAUGGUGAACAUAAUAUAGUUGAAACAAUAGGAACAACUUCAAGUGCAAAAAAGCUUUUUCUUUACCCAUCACAUUAUGCACCUGAAAUAUUGGUAUCUGUAUUAGAUUUUGAUCGACUUAAUCAAGAACAAGAUCUUAUUGCAAAAGCGAAAUAUUCAAUAACUUCUUACAUGCACCAGGUAGUGGCUGGAGGUCACCGGUUUAUAUUCUUAAGAGUAAUUAAAAAAGAUGGAUACUUUACAAUUGAACAAGAUGCGCUCCAAUUUGACAAGUUGUGGAAUUCUGCAGAUGCUCCUUACAAUUAUUUGCUUAGUAAAGAAUUUAGUCAAAAAGUUCAAUCUCUCGGAGCACCUUUUAAGACAAUAAAAACACCUGAAGGCAAAUAUGAUGUUGUUCAUCAGCAAGAUGAAAAUUGUUGUAUUUUGUAA